UCCUUUGUGUUGUCCAAAAGCCGCACAAGCACAGGCCAGCAGGCCAGUGUCGUUCGCAACUAAGCAACACAGAGAAGAGAGAGAGAGAGAGAGAGAGAGAGAGAGAGAGAGAGGUGCGAUGGCCGGAGCAGUGAAGGUCGGGAGCCGGCCGCCGUGGGUGGGACUCGCUGCGGCGGUCUGGGUGCAGGUGGCGGCGGGGACGGCCUACACCUUCCCCCUCUACUCCCACGCCCUCAAGAAGGCCAUGGGCUACAACCAGCAGCAGCUCACCAUGCUCGGUGUCGCCAACGACACUGGAGAGAACUUCGGCCUCGUCGCCGGUGUCAUCUGCAAUCGCCUCCCUCCCUGGUUCGUCCUCCUCGUCGGCGCCGCUUGCUGCUUCCUCGGCUUCGGAACCCUGUGGUCUGCCGUCAGCCUUACCGUCACCGGCCUUCCCUACUGGCUGUUAUGGAUAGCAAUAUGCAUUGGUACCAAUAGCAGUGCCUGGUUUGGCACAGGUGUUCUGGUCACCAAUAUGCGAAACUUCCCUCUCAGUAGAGGUACUGUUGCUGGCAUUCUCAAGGGUUAUGUUGGGCUUAGUGCUGCAGUAUACACUGGAUUGUACACUGGUGUACUCCACAGCUCGUCAACAAAGUUGUUAGUGUUUCUUACUCUUGGAUUGCCCAUCGUAAGCCUUGCAAUGAUGUAUUUCGUUAGGCCUUGCAUGCCAUCCUUGGAAGAGGACUCAUUGGAACAAUGCCAUUUUAUGUUUACCCAAAUUUCAAGCAUAGUUUUGGGUCUCUAUCUUCUUGCCUACACAAUUUUGGUCGAUUUCCUCCCAUUAACUGAUAGUGUUAUCUACAUUUUGUUUGGUAUAAUGAUCAUCUUUCUCUUGGCCCCCCUUGCCAUCCCAAUAAAGAUGACAAUCUUUCCAACAAAACGCAAGAACAAUGUUGCUAGCGACACUGGUAGUACUUCAAAUCAAUUAACCGAGGAAGGCUCAGAAAAAAAAGAACCAUUGCUAGCAACAUCAUCAUCAAACAAUUUGGGGAAUGCUCAGGAGAAUGAUGAUGCUUCAGAUGUUGACAUGCUUUUAGCUGAAGGAGAAGGCGCAGUUAAAAAGAAGAGAAGACCCAAGAGGGGGGAUGAUUUUGAGUUUCAUGAAGCAUUAGUUAAAGCUGAUUUUUGGCUUCUAUUUUUGGCAUACUUUCUCGGCGUUGGCUCAGGUGUUACAGUGCUCAAUAAUCUAGCUCAAAUUGGAGUUUCUUAUGGUCUUGAUGACACAACCAUAUUGCUAUGCCUCUUCAGCUUUUGCAACUUUGUUGGCCGUAUCAGCGCUGGUGCAGUAUCCGAGCACUUUGUCAGAUCAAGAAUGCUUCCUAGGCCAAUCUGGAUGGCAUGUACACAAGUAGUCAUGGUUGUAGCCUACCUUCUCUAUGCUUCAGCUAUCAACGGCACCCUUUAUGCUUCAACUGCCAUGCUUGGUUUCUGUUAUGGGGUUCAGUUUUCAGUCAUGGUGCCAACCGUUUCCGAGCUCUUUGGCCUAAAGCAAUUCGGCCUAUUCUACAACUUCAUGCUGCUAGGAAACCCCCUGGGGGCAUUCUUCUUCUCCGGUCUUCUCGCCGGAUACGUAUACGAUACCGAAGCCGCAAAGCAAGACCCGACUUCAAGCACUUGCUUGGGGCCCAACUGCUUCAGAUUAACAUUCCUGUUUCUGGCAGGGGUAUGCGGUUUAGGAACCUUGUUAAGUAUAAUUCUAUCAGUGAGAAUAAGACCCGUAUACCAGAUGCUUUAUGCCAGUGGAUCCUUCAGGCUGCCGCAGAAUUCACUGCAUUGAGUGUACUCUGUUUCGAAACUAUUUUUAUGGUGUAUUAGACCCGUAUGAAAUAUGUUGUUCUUGAGGAUUUACAGUUUGUUUCAUGAAAUUAUAAAAUGUUUCUGAUA